AUGGAUCUCUAUCACCUGGCUCUUCUCUGCGGGGCUCUGCUGUUUGUCUGGGAAAUCCCCUGUUUUCAAACUCUUGCUAUUUUCCCUCCGAAGAGCAGCAAGGUGACGAGGAUUUUUCAUGAUCAGGAAGCUUCAAAGUACUUUAAGGAGUUCCACGCAUCGCCAUCCAUCGAGAAAAACAAUAAAGCAGCAUCUAAAGAGUCCAUAGAGCCUCAUGACUACAUGAUGUCUAUUUACCAGACCUUCUCCACGGCGGAGAGACUGGGACUUAAUGCAAGUUUCUUCAGGUCUUCUAAAGCUGCCAACACUAUUGCAAGUUUUGUGGACAGUGGACAAGAUGACCUCCCACUCUCCCCACUGAGGAGACAGCAGUAUCUGUUCGACGUCUCAACACUCUCCAAAAAGGCGGAGGUGCUGGGAGCCGAGCUCAGGAUAUACACCAAAGUGUCUGGGAAUUUCAGGAUAUCGGAAACAGAGCCCGUGGACAUCCAGCUCCUCUCCUGCCACGACCGGCGGCUGCUCAACUCCAAAACUCUGGACCUGCAGGGCUCCCAAAGGCCCAAGUGGGAGGUGUUGGACGUGUGGGACAUAUUCAAAGAGCAGCAGCACCUGAACCAGGGGAAGCACUUCUGCCUGGAGCUCAGGGCCAUGCUGGACAACCCUGAGAGGGAGCUGGAGCUGCAGCUCCUGGGCCUGCACAGGCACGGCAGGCCACAGCAGAAGAAAGCCAUCUUGGUGGUGUUCACCAGGUCUAGGAAGAGGCAGACCCUCUUCAGUGAGAGGAGAGGGGGGAGAGCGUUGCUGGGUCUGGAGAGGAAAGCCAAAGAGAGAGGCCCCGGUGGCGGUGCCAAGGCCAGCAGGAGAAGGAGGACAGCCGCCUCCAAAACCCGCCACGGGAAGAGGCACGGCAAGAAGUCCAAAUCCAGGUGCAGCAAGAAACCGCUGCACGUGAACUUCAGAGAUCUGGGCUGGGACGACUGGAUCAUCGCCCCGCUGGAUUAUGAAGCAUACCACUGCGAGGGGGUGUGUGACUUCCCCCUGCGCUCCCACCUGGAGCCCACCAACCACGCCAUCAUCCAGACUCUAAUGAAUUCAAUGAACCCCAGCAACAUGCCCCCCAGCUGCUGCGCCCCGUCCAAACUCAGCCCCAUCAGCAUUCUGUACAUCGACUCAGGAAACAACGUGGUGUACAAACAGUACGAGGACAUGGUGGUGGAGUCCUGUGGCUGCAGGUAG